UUACAAACUAUAAAGUGAAAAACAGUAUAACUAGUAAUGUGACAAUAACUCUGUUUAUAGAUACUAAGAUAGCGUGAUUAUGCUUCGGAAUAAAGAAAGUGUUAAUUAAACAUGCCACCCAAAAAGAAGGGAGGAAAGAAGGGAAAGUCGGCAGACAGAGACACCACCCCUGGCACGGCCACUGAAACGGCUUCGCCAGAUGUACUUAGUGAGUUGGACAAAGAAUUCUAUCUAAUACAAAUAAGGGAUUUGGAGGCUAGAAUUAACAGGUAUCAGGAGAAAUGCGAUGAUUUAACUAUCCGUAACCAGGAAUACACAACAAAAUUUGAGACACAAUCUGGUGAUAAGCAAGACAUCAUAUCUUUUCUAAAGCGAACACUGGAGCAAAAACAGUGUGAAGUCCAGAACCUUUCUGACAAGCUAGACAUUACACAAAAAGAACAACUGGAGGAAAGAUCUGUCAGUGGAGACAAGAUUGCACACUUACAAAAGGAAUAUGCAGACAUGAAAGAUGAGCUGUCAGCAGAGAUCACCAUUCUUAGUGGAAAGUUGGCAUCGCUGGAGGAAUUUCGCAUUCAGAAAGAGGAAUUGCUUGCCAAGUUUGCACAACUACAGCAGCAGCUAAAACAGCAGGAGUCUGAUCAUAACGAGACCCUCUAUGGACUAGAGAAAAAAGCUGUCAUCGACAAUGAUAAGUUGAAGAAAGUGAUGGUGCAGGAGGUAAAUAAUGUGGCAAAUGAGUUCAGGACAGUUUCAAACAAGCAGAUGGCAGACACCAUCAAGCGAGCCAUCCAGGAAAAUGUGACCAUGAACUCCCAGUUAGGAAAAAUGUCGGACAAGACGAUGGAGCUCAUUCGAGACAAUGAGGAGCUCCGAGCCAAAGACAAACAUCAGAAACAUCUUGUGGCCGUGCUGGAAACCAGUGAGAAGAAACUUGCCGAAAAGAAUCACAGUCUUGCGAAGGUACUCAGCAUGAUGACAGAGAAAAGCAAGAAGCAGGAAGGCCUCAUUGAAGAGCUGAGACAAAAGGAAAAUGAUCUGACAACUCUAACGACAGCCGCGGAGGAACUGAAGGAGACGCUCACCUCUACUAGGUCAGAGCUCGAGCAGCUGACUACGCGGGAGAGGAACCUGCUGGAGGUGGUGCGAGAGCUAGAAGGAGGACGGGAGGAGGAGAGAAGAUGCAGCUCUCGCUUGAAGGGAAUCAUGGAGGCGGCAGCGAGAGUCGUCACGGAGGCCGUCGAAUGCCAAGGAACAAAACAAGAAGAAUGUGAAAGUUUUGUGCAGAAAAAACAAGUGUUGCAGCAACUACUGACCAUACUUAACAGUGCUGCCGCCUGGCAGAUUAACCCUCAAACAGAUGGCGAGGACCCCAUACCAAGGGGCGUGCUUUCUCGUGCGGAGCAGCGGCUGCCGAGUCGGGCUCACUACCAGCUGGGCAACCUCGGACUCGUGCCUCGCGAGGGUGAGACGCUGAGACGUCACACCCGCCCCGCCUCGUCCUGUCACAAGCCGCCGUACCGCGCCACGUCUCCAAGCGCGCGCGCAAAUACGACGAGAGCGAGAAGUUCAGCGACGCCGCACACGCUCUCCGCAUCAACGCAGACGGACAGCACGCCCGAGCAGGCUGUGACAAGCAACGACGACGUGUGCCGCUACAGCAACGUCACGCCCGCCUCCCCGACGCCGUCCCUCGAAGACGCCCUGCCGGAGGAAACGCCGCCGCCGUCGCCGCCUGUUCCACACGCGUGAACACACAGCGUCUACCUGCCGCGCGCCUGAAAAAGAUUGUCGCGAACACAGGCACUUGGAGCGUUUCAAUAAAAUAUCAUGCAAAAUAAAUACGAAAUCUA